AUGGCUACGCUACUCCCUCCGCCUUCUAAGAAGCAAAAAAGAGCAGCUCAGCUGCCCGUAGAAGUUGACAUUAUUCCCAAAGAUCUUCCUAAUGUGUUAAUCAAGUUUCAAGCAUCCGACACAGGAGACUCGAUCGGUGGUAGUAUUAGGGUCCCAGGAAAUAUUAGUGAGAGACAGUUAGAAGAGCUUUUGAACAACUUACACAAAACUUCCGAUGAUCCAGUACCUUACUCUUUUUCCUUGCUGGGCGAUAAGGAUGAUCUGGUUGAUAUUAGAGACAACCUGUAUACUUCAGUGCUGAAACCAGGUAUCAAAUCAACUGAAGACUUUCUCACCUUAGUGUACACACCCAGGGCGGUCUUCAAGGUCAGGCCCAUCACUCGGUCAUCUGCCACCAUUUCAGGACAUGGCUCCACCAUACUGUGUUCACAAUUUGCUCCACACACAAGUUCGAAGAUGGUCACUGGUGCGGGAGACUCUACAGCAAGAAUUUGGGAUUGUAAUACCCAAACCAUUCAACAUACCCUCAAAGGUCACACCAACUGGGUUUUAUGUGUGGCAUGGUCACCACUAGGGGACGUAAUAGCAACUGGAAGCAUGGACAAUACUGUACGAUUAUGGGAUCCGAUUUCCGGUAAACCAAUAGGAGAUGCCUUGAAAGGACAUGGCAAGUGGGUUUCCAGUCUUAGCUGGGAACCAAUUCACCUGGUCAAGGUUGGCAGUAGGCCACGUCUUUGCUCCGGGUCGAAAGAUGGAACAGUUAAAGUAUGGGAUACAGUGGCUCGUAAUGCAAUGUACACAAUGAGUGGUCAUAGCUCCAGUGUAGCAUGUGUCAAAUGGUCUGGAUCUGGAGUGAUAUAUUCUGGAUCUCAUGACAAGACUAUAAAAGGAUGGAGAGAAGGAAGAUGCGUGGCAACUUUCAGAGCGCAUGCUCAUUGGAUUAACCAUCUAGCUCUAUCCACAGAUUUUACUAUGAGAGUUGGUGAGUUUCAACCAGGACCCAGCAUGACAGUCAAUGGCAACCCUAGUGGGGCGGUCACCGAAUCGUCCAAGGCCAAAGUUCAAGAGGCUUUUGAUAAAGUAUCCAAGAUUGGUGGGCGUUAUUCUGAAAGGAUGGUAACUGCCAGCGAUGAUUUUACCAUGUAUUUAUGGGAGCCUGAAGUUUCUGAUAAGCCAAUAUGCCGUAUGACAGGGCACCAAAAACUUGUGAACCACGUCUCGUUCUCUCCAGACGGUAGAUAUAUUGUAUCGGCAUCUUUUGACAACUCUGUCAAGCUGUGGGAUGGAAGAGACGGGAAAUUUAUAGCCACUCUACGUGGACAUGUUUCACCAGUUUAUCAGACAGCUUGGUCCAGUGACUGUCGACUAUUAGUGAGUUGUUCCAAGGACACCACAUUAAAAGUUUGGGAUAUUCGCACAAAAAAACUGAUGGUUGAUCUUCCAGGCCAUGCAGACGAGGUUUACACCGUUGACUGGAGUGUAGAUGGUAAGAAGGUUAUCAGUGGAGGUAAAGACAAAAAGGUUAGAAUCUGGACUCAUUAA